UGUUGGGAAGCUGGAGUUUUGGUUUCUGUGGGGCUGCUUUUCUUGUCUCUAGUUAUCCACUAGAUGGAGCCAGGAAGCUGUGUUGUCCAGAGGGCGGUCUCAGGUGUUCAGCCAUCACACCUGCAGCCUAUCUGUCAUCAGCCAGUGUUUAAGAGAAGCCUGUCACCAGUCCUUCGAUGCCUGAGUGUUGCCGUUCAUGGUUCUCAGCGGCUGUUACCUUUGUGCCUUAUGAGUUUUAUCGUUUCACCUCCAAGAUUCUUCAUAAAGAAACCCCUGGUUCAUAAAUCCCUACGACUGGUUCUUCUGGCUGUUCAAGUCUGUGCUACAACCUGUCCGCCCUCCAAUGAAGUACAACUAACAAACCCUCACCGCCGCCCAUUCUCUCUGGAUCUCCUGGCUUCAGUUCCAACCCCACCUGGACCCGACACUCACCCUAGAAACCAAGUUCAGCACCAGCAGAAUACCUCCCCCUGGUGGAUCAGUUCCAUUUCACUAGUAAGGUCUCCUAUUAUUCUCUUUUUCACCUUCAGUACUACUUACUCACCUCUCAUCUACUCCAUCCUCAGAAUCCAGAUCUCCAGCUGUCCCAUACCCCGGGCAAAGAAGAUACAUUCAAACUCUUUUUACAAUAAACUUUAUUUAACUGACAUUCUCUGUAUCCUGAAGUGUAUUCUGCAUGUGGGUCAAAAGAUUAGCCUCAAAUUAUGACAAGAG